AUGCCUAGCCGGGUGGGCGCUGACGACACCGGGGGCGGCCCCGGAGUGGGGGAGAUCGUGGAGGCCAGCAGCGGCGCGCGCGAGAGUGCCGUGCCUCCGGGGAAUCGUUCCGCGACGCGGAAGACCGCGCGGUUCGUGGAGCCCAUGCCGGCGCCGCGCGGGGGCGGCCCGAGCCGCCUCGACAGGUCCAUGUCGUCCGUCCCCGCGCUCGCGCUCGAGGGUCUCAAGUUCAUCAGCGAGACAGACGCCUCCAAAGGAUGGACCCGCGCCGCCGGGUUCUUCGACAGUAACGCCCAGAAUGACCUCCUCCCCCGGUCCAUGUUCGGCGAGUGCAUCGGUAUGAAAGAGGUCGCGUUCGCCGGCGAGCUGUUUGACACGCUGGCAAGGCGGCGGGGCAUCUCCGGGGACAGCAUCGACAAGGCGGAGCUGCGUGAGUUCUGGGAUCAAAUUUCAGACCCCAGCUUCAAGAGCCGCCUGCAGCUCUUCUUCGACAUGGUGGACAAGAACGCUGACGGGAAGAUCAGCGAGGCGGAGGUCAAACAGAUCAUCACGUUGAGCGCGUCGGCGAACCAUCUAACAAUAACCGCACAACAGUCCGAGGAGUAUGUCAAGCUCAUCAUGGAGGAGUUGGACCCCCACGGCCGUGGCUACAUCGAGUACCGCCACCGCGCUGUGUUCAAGGUGAUGGGCUACUGCGUGUGUGUGGCCAAGGGUGGCGCCGAGACACUCAAGUUCAACAUGGCGCUCACUCUCCUUCCAGUGUGCCGCAACGCCGUCACGUGGCUUCGGAGCCGCACCACGCUCGGGCGGUUUGUGCCAUUUAACGACAACCUCAACUUCCACAAGGUGAUCGCUGUGGGGAUUUCUGUCGGCGCCGGGCUUCAUAUCAUCUCUCACCUGACGUGCGACUUCCCGAGGCUGGUGCACGCCACCGAUGAUGAGUAUGAGCCCAUGAAGCCAUUCUUCGGCGACGUGAAGCCACCCAACUAUUGGUGGUUCUUGAAGGGCACAGAAGGGUGGACCGGGCUAGUGAUGUUGGUGCUUAUGGCCAUCACCUUUACACUCGCCACGGGGCGGUUCCGCAAAAGAGAGCUCCGACGCCCCAAGCCAAAGAAGUCUAACAGCCUCGUUGAGUCCAAGAACCCAAAUAGCCUUCCCGGGCUGCUCGGCCGCCUCACCCGGUCCGUGAGUGCCUCGCACAACCGCCUCACUAUGAUCAUCAACGCCUUGUUCAAUCGCUUCACUGGGUACAAUGCCUUCUUGUACACACACCAUCUGUUCGUCAUCGUCUACGCGCUGCUCAUCGUCCACGGGCACUUCCUCUACCUCACCAAGAAGUGGCAAAAGAAGACGACGUGGAUGUACCUUACAGUGCCAGUUGUCGUGUACGCGUGCGAACGACUGACACGAACACUGCGAUCGAGGGUGCGGUUGGUGGAGAAGAUCAAGGUGGCCGUGCACCCGCACCCCGCAAGCCUGCUGUCCCUGCACAUGUCCAAGCCUGAGGGGUUCAGGUUCAAGGGCGGACAAUACAUCUUCAUCAAAUGCCCAGGCGUCUCAAAAUUUGAGUGGCACCCGUUCUCCAUCACAUCGGCGCCAGAGGAUGACUGUGUCAACGUCCACAUCAAGGCGCUUGGUGACUGGACCGAAGACCUCAGGGACGCCUUCCUUAAGGUUUGCCCGAACACGGAGGGGAAGAACGAGAUUCGCCAGGUAGAGUAUGACCGCGACGACGCCAAGUCCGACCCAAGAUUCCCCAAGAUACUAAUCGAUGGGCCGUAUGGUGCACCCGCGGAGGAUUACAAGCAGUACGAGGUUGUGCUACUGGUGGGACUCGGCAUCGGCGCCACGCCCAUGAUCUCGAUCAUCAAGGACAUCAUCAACAACACGAAGCGGCUCGGGGACAUCGAGUCUGUCAACCCCGUCCCCGGCGACGCAAGCCCGUCGGCGUCGUUCAAGACUCGCCGUGCCUACUUCUACUGGACCACCAGGGAGCAAGGCUCCUUCGAGUGGUUCCGUGGGAUCAUGGACGAGGUGGCCGAGACGGACGAGGAUGGCAUCAUCAAGCUCCACACCCACUGCACCAGCGUCCACAAGGAGGGCGACGCCCGGUCGGCGCCCCUCACCAUUCUCCAGUCGCUGUACUAUGCCAAGCACGGCAUUGACAUCAUCUCCGGCAGUCGAGUCAAGACCACCUUCGGGCGAGCAAACUGGCGUGAGGCCUACGAGCGCAUCGCUCAGGAGAAUCAAGAAAAACGCGUCGGUCAGUACCAUACGGAAACUAACUACUACUCCUGUUUUGCAAUACGAAACUACUGCACGUAUGAUUAUGGCUUUGUCCGAUUAACAUCCAACGGUUGCAGACAAGUGGGGCCAUGCUCACGAAUACGACGCUGGCCUACUGACAGAUCAAGCCGAACUGUCCCGCUAGUCACUUAA